AUGAUCAGACGAAUGAUGGGCAAACCAAGAAGGUGUUCACAGAGUUGCUUUCUUCAAGAGGAACGCCAGUCUCUUGAUAAGAAAAGACAUGUUCUGCGAUUGUUACAGCAGCGGAAGAUAACAGACAUCAACACCCUCAAGGACUUUCCACUACCAGACCAGAUACCUAUGCAGUUAGUUAUUGGUACAAAGGUUACUGCAAGGAUCAGAAAACCAGAAAAUGGGCUCUACACGGGAGUGAUUGAUGCAGUGGAUACAUCAGACAACACAUACCGGAUAACAUUCGACCGUCAUGGCAUUGGUACACAUUCAAUCCCAGACUAUGAAGUUCUGUCUAGUGAAGUAGCAGAGAUAAUGCCAUUGUCAAGUUUUUCUCAAAAAUUCCGUCCACGCCCCCACUGGUUAGAACCAGGGAGUGUAGGAGCAGAUAGCCCUGCUCUCUCUCUUACCAACGACCCUAUCUUGGCCCAAUCUCCUCUCAAGUCGUCCAAGAUAUCCAUGGAUGAUACACUGGGAGGAUUCCCAGUCAGAUGCUUAGUACAGAUAGUGCAACUCUCUAAAAUACUUAGAGCAAAGCGGGAAAAGAUUGGUGCACUGAGAGAUAUGAAUGCGCAAGCUGAAAAGCAGCGCAGUUACAGCCAGGAGUUGAAUGUGGACUUCCAACGAAGAUAUGCAGCCUUAGUUUUAGACAUUGAAAAGCUAAACCGAGACCUGAACCAGCACCUUGUAGUAGUUCAGCAGUUUUGCCAGGAGAUUGCUCCAGAGCAAGGCUUGCCAGGGCCCACACUUCUCCCAGGCCAGAUCAGAGAGCGGUGCUAUGAAGAAGCGGCAACCAUUGUGGAUGUAACCAACCACUCAAGUGGGUCACCGCAGGUCAGCAGCCCAGCCAUUCUGGACCUGAUUACGAAGCUCACUUCUCUUAUGCUGCAAAUGAAGAACCUGACGGAAACUGAAGUCAGUGCCUAUGAACUGACGUCGCUACAAGAGACUCUAAACGAAAUUCGCAGUUCUCUAGAUGAGUCAAACAGGGUGGCCUUCCAGAACAACAUUGAAGUCCAUCUGACUCACAUUAUGUCUGCUGUCUCUCAAAUGGGAACCCUUCAGGCCUUCAACAGUCACAAUGGUACCUCUGUGUAAGAGAUUGAUUGGCCUUGGCACAGUGGUGUGUCAUUUUAGACUGUUGAUUGGGACCUGUGACUUUCUCUUCUUUAAUUAUCAUUUGUCAUAUUUUUUGCAAUUUCCUUAAGUAAGGUGCACGAUCUCGUCAUGACUGCUCAUAAACUUGUACAUUUUUACAUACAUAACGUACCUUGGUCAUAGUGUUGACAGACCCAUGUAUUCCAGUUAUCAAAUGGGACAGACACUUUCUUAGGUAUGGUUCUGAAAUAAUGAGGGCUAGGAACUGCUCACUCUUAGGACCCUUGAGUCCAUAAUCUGUAUUUUUGUCAUAUAUUAGGAUUAUUGUUAUGCAGAUUGAAUAAUUUUUAUUUAUUCUUUGUUUUUUUGUUGUAUAGAUACUGUCAUAUAUCUGUACAGGCCUUGUGAAUUCAGUGAUGUAGGUUAAUAACCAUAUAUUUACAGAUAAGCUGUUCAUCACUGAGAGGAA